CCAGAUAAUUGCAGGACAUUUCUUUACAGACUGAAUUGCUAAAGAUCCUGAAGAAAGAUUGCUAUCAAAACAUCAGCUUUGCCUUCCUCUUUGCUGUGACAAACAAACAAACAAAAAUGCAGUGGCCGUUGUAAGUUAAGGAAAAAACAGUUCUGAGGAAAACAGCUGCUUCUAAGAAGGAAGGAAGCUGACAAACCACACUAUGAAGAGGAAUGCUAUAAGCACCUAAAAGAUGGCACAGUUUUCUUUGACGAUCCUGAAUGCUGGGCAAACUUUGUGCUGCAGAUCCCUUUUAAAUGUUGGAAGGAAGAUGUUCUUUGAAGGAUUUAUUGAUGGCUUUGAAGAUAUGAGAUUCAAUGAAGGAACCUGACAGACUAAGGCUGGCUGGUGAAGACACAAGAAGAAAGGACUGUGAGAACAAGAUCUUCACAGGAGCAAGGUGGACAGCCAGUCUCAUCACUUUAAUAAACCAAGACAAGAUCCAGUAGAUUUGAAUUCAUAAACACUUAAGUUCUGCUCUAUGAAGAUAUCCCAGGCUAUUGUUUCCAGAAUCAGCGUACUAAUGAGCCAAGACAAAGAGCAUGACACACACUGCAGCAACAAAGGUGGAAGUGAAGCCAUAUAUGACACUGAAAAAUCUGUUUAUCUACUGCUUUUCUUCUGUGGACUCAUCUUAAAUGUCUGGGCCUUAAGGGUGUUCUGUUGCAAACUGAACAAAUGGACUGAAACCAGAGUAUAUGUGACCAAUUUGGCUGUUGCAGACUGCCUACUUGUCUUGACAUUGCCUCUUAGGUUAGCUUAUAAGAAACUAGCUGUGGAUACAGUGUGUUUAGUCUUGGAGUCUGCAUACUUUGUUAACCGCUACAUGAGCAUCUUCCUCAUUACUAUAACAGCAAUCGAUCGAUACAUUGCCAUAAUAUACCCCCUCAAAGCAAAGACUAUAAGGUCCCCUCUCAAGUCAGCUUCUGUCUGUGGACUUCUCUGGACCUUACUCAUAAUGAUACUAUGUACAACUAAACUUGUAGAAAGACGAUCUAAGACAGAAAUUUGUUUUAGAAAAGUGUCCAGAGAACCAUCAGCACAUCUUUUUGCCUCUGUCAUUUGGGGAUUUUUAAUACCUCUAAUCUUGAGUUUCUGUUCCAUUCAAACCACAAAAAAACUCAUGAAGAAGAAAAACACUUACCCAUGUGAAGCAAAGCUCAUCCAAAAAGCAAUCAAUAUAAUUAUUGCAAAUAUGACUGUGUUCAUUGUAUGCUUUUUACCUCUUAAUGUUGCAAUCCUCUCUCGGUUCAUUGCUGAUUCCACAAAAGCCAACUGCACUGAAACAGAAAAAAUUGAAAUCUUUGUAAACCUGGCAGCAAUUCUUGCCAACACCAACUGCUGCUUGGAUGCCAUUUGCUUUUACUUUGUAAACAAGGAAUUUCAGGAGGCUUCCUUGGGACCAUCUACCAAUGUUUAUCAAGAAUCUGAACAACAGGACUCUGUAAUUAUUUAGUAAAGAAGGUCAAAUCAUGCUGAGAACUCCAGAGUCAUUCCCAGCUGCUGUUUUUACUGUCCAAAAUGACUAUUCCUUUCAUUGCUGCCUCAAUAGCUUUUAUUAUCCCAUUGAAGUUGU